CGCCGCUCAAUCCCCCUGGAUCCCGCCCCUCUGCCGCGUCACGUGACUGUCUCGAAAUGGCGGCUCUCGGUUCGCGCUGAUUACCGUCCGCCUGGGCCUCGCGGUCUCCUUCCAAGAAACAAAACUUCACGCCUGAGAAGACGACUUCGCCGCGCAUUGAGAUGCAACUAUUAUGGCAGACACUGACAAAUCUGAUGCUAAAUUUAUGUCAGUGACGAGCACUGACCAGGUUUCUGCGAAUGCAGAGAAGAGCGCUACUGAGGACGUGAACUCACAAGCGUCUGACGGUAGAGAAAAUAAGCUUGAAAGUGGUAGUCCUGUCGGUGGUUCAAAAGAUCCUGCAGAGCUGGAGUCUAUGAGAGGAGAUGCUUCCGGAGGAUCAGAAAGUGAACUUCAAGAAACUGCCUCCCAGCCCGAAGAAAACGACGAGGGUGUGGAGGAAGAGGGAGACAACACUGAGGAUGAAAAGAAAGCAAAAGAAUUGCGAAAGACGUGGGGGUUCAGACGAAGCACCCUGGCACAGCGUGAUGGCGAAAGUCUGAGCGAUUCACAAGAGGAGAAGCCCAUGACACGGGGACGCAGCUCUUUUACCUUACAAAUCAUGCCCAGGCGCAGUGGGCGGUCGACGAAGCGUUCGCCACAUGUACAGGCCUUCCUCGCCCCAAAAAGUCGGAGUAAAAAAUCGUCUGGUUCCCCUGCAAACUCUGGUAGCAGCUCGCCAACGUCGAGCAGGUCAACAGCUGGCUCUCCCGUGAAGGAAAGUAAAGACAAAAUUGACUUGAGUAGUGAUAGUAAAGGCUCUAGUAGGUGUGAUAAGGAUACUGUGAUGUCUGAAAAUAAAGAAGCGGCAAGUUACUUUUCUGAAAUGUCCAUUAACAAAGCGUGUCGAGAUAAAAUUGCCAAAAUAGAGUUAACACCUCUGCCGACUGCUAUUCUGAGGAAAGAGGAAGAUUCUGCUUUGAAGCCCAUGUGUGGAAGUAGUGAAGAUGAUCUUCCUCUCAAAGAACUGCAAGAGAGGUUAAGGAAGAAAAAAUUGGAGCAGCAACAAAUGGAAGCCCGUUUGGGAGCUGUGGUUGAAAAAAGCAAAGUCACAUCAGAAAAUUCAACACCAGUCGCUGAUGAUAACAAAGUUAAUGAUGUGAAACAUCAAAACAAAUCUGAAAAUGAAGGUUUGCAAGAUGUAGCAAUAGUUGCUGCUGAAGACGCAAACACUGAUGACAAAAAUCAGUCACUUGGCUGUACAGGGAACCUGUUAGAUCACGACUACGCCUUUCAAAAGAGAACUGGGUGCAUCUGUGGGAAAAAUAAUUUUGACAGAGUUCAAGUGUUGUGCAAGCAGUGUGAGGAGUGGAUUCACGGCAGCUGUGUGGGCCUCACGGUGGAGCUGGCACUUGAAUUGGAAAAGGACAACAAGGUUUAUUUAUGUCCGCGCUGCUGUCCUAUGGAGAGUGAUGAUGAAGACCCACAUACGAAAGGUCCUGGUCUAAGUGCAAAGCCGGCAUCAAAAGGGGAGUCUGGGGACUCCAAAAAGUAUAUGGGAAAACUAGAGCAAGCAACUGAACCUUUGGAUCCUAAAAGGCCAAGAAUUAGGAUACAACAAGAAGAGCCUGCAAAGCAGCCAGAACCUGUUGCAAUGGACCCAGAACCUGCUGCAAAGGACCCAGAACCUGCUGCAAAUGACCCAGAACCUGCUGCAAAUGACCCAGAACCUGCUGCAAAGGACCCAGAACCUGCUGCAAAGGACCCAGAACCUGCUGCAAAGGACCCAGAAUCUGCUGCAAAGGACCCAGAAUCUGCUGCAAAGGACCCAGAACCUGCUGCAAAGGAUCCUGAACCGGCAGAAAAACAAUCAGAACCUGCAACAACGGAAUCGGAGCGGUCGGCAAAAGUCUCGGAACCCGCGGAAAAAGAGACACAGCCUGCACCGCAUGAGCCGGAACCCGCAUCAGUCUCGCAGAAGUGUGUUGUUGUCGAGUGUUCCAACAAUGCCCUAGCUGGCUCGGUGUACUGUAGCAACGAAUGCAUCUUAAAGCACGCCGCCGCCGCACUGCAGAGCAUGCGCAAGGAUGGUGCCAAACAACAGGUCAAAGGCAAAGAUGCUGUCAAGGGUAAAGGAGGGAAAGUUAAGGAUAAGAAAAACAAGAAGAAAAAGAAAGGUUUGCUCGACAAGUCCCGGGAUCAGAGCCCGGCGAAGCACGAAAAAACGCCCAAGUCCAGACUUCGGUCCGCAAGAGCUGACGAGAGUUCCACACAGAAGAGUAAGGCUGGAAAGAUUGCUAAAAAAUCAGUGGCGGCAGCAAGUAAGGACUCCAAACAAGCCAAAGAGUCUCUUCCCACAGAUAAGGGAAAAGGAAAUCCUCAGGCUUCAGUCACAAGGACUGCAUCAGAAGAACGAUCCCAGGAACAUUCGGCUGCAGAGGUGGCCAAAGCUGCAGCGAAAGUAGAUGCUCUUAAACAUACUGUAAAGCCGGGUAUGAAGCAAGCAACAUUUAAGCCGUUUGUUAAGGUAGAAGGCAAGUUAAAUGUGAAGUCAGACAAUGCUAAGCAACUCAUGAAGCAUGACAUUGGUAAGUCUGUUGUCAAACAAGAAGCUACUAAGACAUUGAUCAAGCAAGACAUUUAUAAACCAGGUACCAAGUUAGAAACGUCUAAACCUGGUUUUAGGCCAGUUGUCAAGCAUGAGAUGGGUAAAACGGUUGUCAAACAAGAGGCGAGUAAAACGGUCUUAAAGCACGAAGUUGCAAAAACAAUAUUCAGGCCAGAUAAGUCUGUUGCUGGAACACCAGGAAUCAAAAUGGAGAAACCAACAGCUGCUUCCACAACUCCUAAAAUAGAAAAGGCUGCAGUAGCUUCAACUUCUUCAUCUCAUCAAGUUUCCAAAGAGAAAAUACUGCAUAAGGAGACUGUAGGGCCCUCUGGCAGCCACCCAGCGUCAAGCCACCAAAAGAACCACCCAUCUGUGGAACAGAUCCGUCAGAAUGUUCGAAGGACACUCAAGGAUAUUCUUGCCAAACGGUGCAGCGACUCGGACGACCUCACUGUGGCAGAGGAGGAGUUGGUGAAGGUGGCAGGGCGCAUCGAGAAGGAGCUCUUCUUGCUCUUCCAGGCUACGGACAGCCGCUACAAGGGCAAAGUCCGUGGCCUUAUCCUCAACCUGAAGGACCCCAAGAACCAGGGCCUCUUCCGGCGCGUAUUGGUGGGGGACAUGACGGCGCCUCGCCUGGUUCGCUUGAGCCCUGAGGAGCUGGCGUCUCGCGAGCUUGCCUUGUGGAGGGAGAGGGACAGCAGUAAAAUGAUGAAACGCGAGUCGUGGGAAUCGGAGCGGAGGCAUCGGCACAAGGUGGAGGUGGACAUGGAGGAGAGUCCUCCACAUCCUGACUCUGAGGAGGCAGAGGAGAGCAUUCCUGAGGGCUGCAAGGCUGAGACUGCAAAGGCCGACAUCAUGUCUAGCAUGCUCACCGACACCACUGACCAGCACAAGGCUCAUCUCUUUGACCUCAAUUGUAAAAUCUGCACAGGCCGCAUGCCGCCACCGAGUGAGGAGACGACGGCCAAAAAAGUCAAGUUUUCCCUGCCAACAGCCAGUAGCGCUUCCCCCACCAAGAGAACCGACUCGACAUUGGACAGGCCAACCACCCACUCUCUAGCCGAACCUACACCGAUUGCGGACGUUUCUUCCCCCAUCGCGACACCAACGAGCCAGGUUUCCACACAGGCAAUGCAGGAUUCGCCAGAGGAGCCUGCAGAGCCUGUAGCUGUCCCGGCAGCUGUGUCUGGAGGGACACCAGAGUCCAGCUCGGCUUCACCAACUUCGGUGGCGUUCACAGCAGCGCCCCUUCCUGCCUCCGCUGCAGAAGUGAUAAAGGAGGAGAGAUCAGCCAGUCCAGAGCCUGUCAAGUCUCCCCCGAUCAUCUCUGUACCUGUCGUCAGCCAGGAGAUUGAACCACAGAAUAAUGCACGGCUGGAUAGUCUCUGGAAAGGCUUCAUCAAUAUGCAUGGUGUUGCCAAGGUGGUGGCCAAGGCCUACCCAGUUUCUGGAUCCAUGGCCAAUGUGGCUGAGGAACUUCCCGACACCAUCCAUGUUGGAGGGAGAAUCUUAGCAAAAAUGGUUUGGGAUUACGUGGGCAAGCUUAAAUCUUCGGCAUCUAAGGAGGUGUGCAUCAUCCGCUUCCACCCAGCCACGGAGGAGGAGGCGGUCGCCUACAUCUCACUGUACUCCUACUUCAACAGCCGCAAGCGCUACGGGGUGGUGGGCAACGCCUCCAGGUCCCUCAAGGACAUGUACCUCAUCCCGCUGGCGGCGCAGGACCCCAUCCCCCAUCAGCUGCUGCCUUUCGACGGUCCCGGCUUGGAACCAUCGCGAUCACACAUGCUGCUCGGCCUGGUGAUAAAGCAAAAGUCCAAGCGUCGGCAUCAGGGAGAUUCUUCCGAAGGCGGAGCCGAGUACGAAAAAUCUUCUCGAAAUAGCCCCGAGGAGAAGAAGGGAAAGUACUCGUACGACACCGGGGAGUCCUCUUACUCCCAGCGCAGGGAAAGCAAGAAACAUCGGCACAAGUACGAGGACACGAACUUUGGCACGACGCCGCCCGACUUUCCUCCUCCACCGCCGCCGCCGCCACCGCCCGUCGCUCAAUCAAACCUCCUGACAAAGCUGUUUUCAGACAAAGCUUCAGAGCGGCCAACUACGUCGGCUUCCCAGCAGCCAAUGAUGAAGCCACUGGAGCACAUCCUGAAAACGCUGUUUGGCAAUAAAGAGCUUCCCAAAGAGACUCCGAAAGAGCCAGAGAAGGAAAAAAUUAAUUUGGCAUUUUCUGCUUUGGGCUCAUCCAGUCUUCCAUUUAGCACCAAGGCAGGUGGUUUUGAUUCAAUUAUUCAACAUUUCAGUGGAGCUGCGGAUGUGAAUAAAUUAAAUGAUGACCGACCAUACGAUCCAGAAGAUGCAUACGAUCCAGAAGAUGAAACCAUAUUUGAUGAGAAAAAACGUGUUUCAGAGACGACACCUUACGUUACACUCGAAAGCCUGAUUCCAGGACUGGGAAACCCUGAAUCUCUUUUCAAAUCGGGAGAGCUGCAGAAACACCUGCCCGGAGAGCAAGACAUAGCACCAAAAAUCAAGGAGACAGCUGCUCCUCAGUCAUACCUCAUGGCAAGCCGGGAUCCACGACAGGCAGCCAACCGGAACCAGUUAGGGAGUUCCAUUCCACUGCCAAUUUUCCAAAUCCAGGAAGCUGUUAAGCCUGAUGUGGGAAAAUCAAGCGACUCGUCAAACUUUGACGUCAAAUCAGUUGUUGAGGCCAAACCUCAAGAAUUGCAAGUAGAUUUGAAUUUUCCAGCUAAAGAAGUAGAAGUGCCCAUUGCCUUACCUCUUCCGCCAGCAGUUUCCCUUGAAGUCACGGACAAAGUGGACACGCCUGUCGAAGAGGUGUCCACACCCGAAGCAUCAGAGAUGACUGAAACGGUCUCGGAACCGAAGGCGAUUGAAGAAAGUUCUCCUGCAGUUGAAGAUACCAUAGAACAUCAAAAGGAUCCUGAAGCAACUGACGAAAUGAGCACUGCCGAGGUUCCGCAAGACACAGAGCCCAUUAUAAAUAAAGCUGACAAAGUACAGGAGGAUAAUACUGCUGUCGAAGAAUCUACAGAAAAUAAAACCGAAGAGAUGUCAUUGGAAGUCUCGGAAGAUAAAGACGAGGUUAAAGAAGACGAUAAAGAUGACUUAUAUGAUAUGGAGGAACUUUUUAUUAGUUCGGAAAAGAAGGAUGAAAGUGUCGUUGAAGAUGCUGAUAGUGCGUCAUCUAAUGAACAGGAAGAUGCAACACCCGAAAGUGGAAAGUCUGAACAAAAAAUGGAUGCGCAAAGCAUACCAUCGUUUAUCUCCGAUGCCCCACAAAACAUUCAGUCCAUCAGUACAUUCCACAGAGCGGUGCUGCCUCAGCAGUCCAAUUCUGAAGAUGACAUCGGGUUAUCUUCAUGUGAUCCUGAAACAAGCAUGACAGAAAGUCUGUAUGAGGAAGACAAUUCUUCGCGUAAUUUGUCUUUAGCUGACAGGCAUCCAUCGGGUUUACUAAUACCAAUACCCGAUGUUUCGAGAGACGCCCCUCCACCUGUUUCCCUCGUAGGGCCUCCACUCACAAUCCACGGACAACAACGCUCGGUGCCGCCUCCACUUCACCUCCUCAGGCCGCCGCCACCAGGUCAUCCAAGUGGAAUGCCGCACAACGUGCCUCCACCUGGUCAUCCUUUAGGUCCUCCACCAGGACACAUGGGUCUACCCCCUCAUGGACCACCCCCGACCCAUCCUAUUGUUCCACCACCAAACAUGAUUGGACAUCCACCAAAUAUGCCACCACACCUUGGUCCACCACCUGGACAUGUGGGUCCACCACCUCUGGGCCCACCGCCAGGACAACUGUUGGGCCCGCCACCGUUCAAUAGGCAAGGACCUCCAACUCAACAAGGGCCUCCAAACAGCCAUCCAUUAGGCCCACCACCAGGCCAUGUCAGUGGACAGCCACCUCAUGCCCCUCCACUGGGACAGUUAGGCAAUCUCCCGCCUGUCCAUGGACAACAGCAUGGGCUUCCCGUUGGUCAUCAUUUGGGUCCACCUCCGAGCCACAUGGCUAUCAGGCCACCUGGCCCACCGCACUCGGCACCCUAUGGCAUGCCUCAGCUAGGUGCACCUCCUCCACCAGGGGCGCUACCUCCACAACAUUUCAAUAUGUUACCACCAAGACCCCCGGUCUCAGGCCACGUUGGUGUCCCCCCAACUCACAUACGUGGUCCACCUCCAGGCCAUGCAAGUAACCCUUUGCCUGUUAGGGGGCCACCUCCAGGACACAUCAGUGGCCCGCCGCCCAGAUUUCCAUGUGGUCCACCGCAAGAGCAAGGUCCACCUAAAAUUAUGCCUGAUAAUCAGCCGCUGCAUAUACCUCGAUCGGGUGCCUCAACCGUACCUCCCCCAGGUUUUGGCAGUGUUCCAGUUUCUGCACAUCACGGUCCCCUAGAAUCACGAAAUACACCACCUUCAGAUGCUCCACCAUGGGGAUCUGAUUUUUCUCGAGGGCCACCUCGUAGUCAGGGUCUGCCCGCAGCACAUGCUCAAAAAAAGGAAGGUCCUCCAGAAAUCCCACAGGACAGGGGAAGCAGACAACACAGAGAGUACCCGUCACAGCCUGGACCUGGACCCCAGCAAUCACUUGGAUUUCGCCCACAGCGGGCAUUGCUUCCAACCCCUCUCAUUCGACCAAAUGACGGCCUUCGACCAAGAUUUCCUGGAGGUGACCGCCAGGCUCCUGGAUUUCCACGACCCCUUUUGCAGAAUCCUCCAGGGCAGAUACCUUCAGGGUUCCAACCAGUGCAUCAGCAUGACAAGCCAGGGCAACCUUUCCCUCAAGGGCCGUUGCUGCAGCCUAACCUGCAAGGGCCUCACAGUCGUCGACCUAAUUUUCCAGAGCCAUUCAAUGAUCCAGAUAAUCGAAAUGUGGAAAGAGAGGGAGUCGAUUCCCACAGUGAUGACAGAAUGGUUGAAAAACAUGUUGAGGAAUCAUGGGGAAGGACGGAAGAUCAACAGGAGCACUUUCUAUCAGAAACGUUUCCGAGAGAGGAAGAGGAGGGCAUGCCGUGGGAAAAAGAAACUCCUGAGGAUUGGGAAAGACCAAAAGGUGAAAGAGGCUGGGAUAGAAACAAAGAGAGAUAUCGGGAGAGAGAUCAAGAAAUUGAACAUGUCCGUGAUCGCGAUCGAGACAGAGACUGGGAAAGAGGAAAAGACAGGGACAGAAGUAGACACGGCCGAAGUAGCAGGCACCAUCGCGAAGGAAAGGGAAGACACCGGAGCAGGAGCAGGGAGCGAGAUCGCCAUCGUGAACACGGCAGAGAGAGAGAUCGCGAUCGAGGCAGAGACAAGGAGAAGGAAGAAGAGCUCGUAGUAGGCAAGGAUCGUGAACCUGAGGCCGACGUUAGCAAGGGAGGGGGAAAUGUCUCCAAGGAAGAGCCUGAGAAGGACACGGAGCCAGAAAACGAGCCAGAGAAAAUGCGCGAGAAACCGCAGGAGAGAGAAAGGGGAAGAGAUCGAGACUACCACGAGCGAGAGUACUACGAAAGAGAGCGUGACUACCACGAGAGGGACCGGGACAGAGAGCGAGACAAACCCCGCCACAGGGAGCGGGCGAGAGACAGAUCCCGAAGCAAGGUUCGUGACAGACGGAGGGACCGCUCCAGGAGCAGGGACAGAGACCGACGGGACAAAUCUCGGAGUAGGGAAAGGGAGAAGGUCCGGGAACGGGACCGGGACCGGGAUCGGGACCGGUCCAGGAGUCGUGAGCGGGACAGGCACAGGGGCAGGGACAGAUCUCGAAGCAGGGAGCGCGAGAGGGACCGUGACCGGGACCGAGACCGAGACCGAAGGUCACGGAGCAGGGAGCGGAGGCGUGACAGGGAUCGCGAAUACUCGCGCUCCAGGAGCAGGGACCGCGACAGGGAUGCGGGUCGGAACAAAGAAAGCGACGGGAACAAAGAGAGCGAUGGAACCAAAGCGCGGGACAAGGGCAAGAGCAGAGAGGAGAAGGAGAAAGCAGAUGAUAAUUGAGAGCCACGCAACCGCGCCAUCUUGACAUCUGCAGGAGGAGGGCAUGCUGCCUUGUAUUUUAUAAAUUCUGGACUGCUCUAAAGAAACGCUGUUGCGAUCAUAUGGACACACCGGAUGCAUCGAGAAUUGCAUUUCUUGCAGCGAUGUUUUUGUUUUUAUAAAGCCGAGUUUUAUUUCCGACUCUCGCUGGCAAUGACAUCACGGAUGAACAUUUUCUUCCUGUAAGUUUUGGACAUUAUCCUUUCCCAGGUCUGCACAACACACAACAAGAGGAAGACAAGCUGCGCCGUAACACUGGAUGUCAUUGAAUUGAGAGUUGCUAUUAACAGCUGUGUUUGUGAUUCUAAUUUACUGAAAUGAAAUAAAUAGUGUUGCUAGUUUGUGGAUACAGUUAAUUAACUUUUUAUAAAUCUUUAGUUCUGCAUCAUCACUUGAACGUGUGACCGACCACCUUUAAAACCAAUUGGGCUAAAUAUUUUCUCUUAUUUACUAGUUUAAAAAAAUAACAUGGCUCUUAAUUGACAGUUAAGUCUCUUAAGCGCGUUUAAGUUCAUAGCCGAGGUGUGGUUGUCAAUUUGUAAGAUUGCGUAGGUGGAUGUACAUAAUGUAUUUCGGGAUUUAAACAAAGUGCUGCAUGAAUGCUUGGCUUUGUUAAAUGAACCUUAUGGCGGUACCCCGGGGUACCAUAGCCCGGCGCUCGCAUAAUGUCGGUGAUGCAGUCAUUUUUAGUUUGUUGAUGGUCGGCGGCGCGGCUAUCGACUCAUCUCGACGAGCUGUACUCACGAUGCACCACUACGGUGUGUACGAGCGUUCAGGGUUUCAGCGCAAUCGUCCUCGCUGCUUUUCGACAUCGCAGAGUAGCACUGAUUUCGGAUUGAUUGGAACCCCAGUCGCGGAGUUAAGUGCAACCCUGGAAAAAAAUAGUGUCCCAGAAAUAACAUUUAAUUGCCUCGGCCAUUUUGUAUUAUUUGGUACCCCGGGCUACCGCCAUCAGGAUCAAAUGUAUAUUGAUGCUUUCGAUAAAAGUAGUCUGGGUUAAACCUCUGUGUAGAUAUUAUGGUUUUAUUCAACGAGAUGUGUUUUCCCAUGCCGCCCAAUUGCUGUUCACAUCCUUCCGUGUGUAAGUUAGUUGAUGGUCUUUUCAAGACUUACAGUGCAGUAUAUAAAAUCCCAGUGACCCAUAGUUGGGCUCUACGGUGCGAUUUCCCCAAAAAUAAAUCAUGCCGUUUUUUUCACAAGCGCCGAGGCUGAAAACAACGACUCUUGUUUUUGUAACAUGCUCAAUUUAUUAUUAAACAUGACUUUACAUCAGUC